AUGAUGAUGAACCUGUCACCAAAACUUCUGCAAAUGUUUUUUUACUACUCAUGUUUCAACAAAAGGACAAAGUGUACUGCCACCAAGAAGAAUAAAUCAUCUGAAAAUAUUAGUACCUCUGAAAAGGAAUCCUUUAUGUAUGAAUCUAUGAAUACCGCUAAGGAACCUGAUUCCAAUUCCAUUAGGAAAAACAUUGUUCAUGUUGAAACCAAUGUUGAGGAACCGCAUGUGGAACCACAUGUUGAAUCACAUGUUGAUUCACAUGUUGAACCAAAUGUUGAAACAUGUGUCCCAACAUCUGGUUAA